GGUAUGUGCAGCCCGUAAGGGUUGGUUAUAUGAAGAGUUCUAGUGCAUUGUGUUGCUUGAUAAACGAUUAAAUAUAAAAAAGCGCCAGGCUUUUAUAAGACAGUUGAGACUUUUGCGGGGCAAAUCGCUUCUGUAUUUUGUGCGAAAAAAGGUUUGUUGAAAACUAGCCAUAAUGUGGCCGAUGAAGCUGGACAUGACACGGGACGAGUGCCGAGGUGUUCUGCGUAGGCUUGAGCUGGAGUCCUAUUCGAGUAUUGUGAGUACAUUUCGUGCACAGGGAGGGCUGUGCAAAGAAAAAGCGCGAAUACUCGAAGAUCUUCGGAGACAGCUACAUAUAUCCCAGGACAGACACAAAGCUGAAGCCCGUCGAGUUGCCAACGAUGAAAAAUUAACAACGGUGGCAGAACUAAUUUCGGGUCCAAACACCUAUCAGGACUGGUGCCGAGAAGGUCGCCGAACUUUCCCCAUAUUACCUCGAACAACACCCUAUACAGCAUUGACCUAUAUCGCGAACACGGUCUGCGAACAGAUUUCCCGUCAAAAUGCCAAAUUGCCACAUCCAUUCGAAACGUGUCAAAACCGAUUAGAGAAAGAGCAAGAGGAGGAAGAGAAGCGGAAAUUACUCGAAGAGAAACAACAGCAGCAGCUUUUGACACAGUCGCAGCCACAACCUGUGCAAUCGGAAGUAGAAUCGACUGAUGUAAUCACACUUACACCACCGUUGGAACCGAAUGCCCAUACACCCAAGCCAGUUGUGACGGAGGAUCCGUUUGUUGAAGCGGCCAACAAGAGUUAUAUAAAUGAUUUGAAGAGAUCGUACCCUAUAGAUCCGAUCUCUCAGCUAUCAGGGAGAGCCCUUGUCGCCGAUAAGUCACCGGUGCGAAAGAAACCUCAGUUAUAUCAGGAACUGCAAAAGCAGGAACCUCUACUUACGCCGAACCCAAUUGUAACGUUCCACCAUCAGCCACCGCAGUCAUUCUCGCUUCAACAGCCACUUUCCCCGCACAAGUCUCUAGCCUCUCCUACUAACUUUGGCACGGCACCGUCGACCAGUAGCAACAUCAAUAAUAAUGUAACAAACAAUACUAAAACACAAGGUAAGAGUGGCAAUAAAUCCGAGCGUUCUCGGAAAACGCCAGCUUCAUCAAGAAAGAAUCAGAACAAAUCGAAAACACCAUAUCAGGCAAACAAACAGUCGAACGCCGCAGGAACAAAAGCUUCGAAAAAUGCAGCAAUGCCGGAACAGCCUUUGUUGCCACAACAGCAGUUGGUUGGAGUUCCAGCAUCCAUUGAUACUAAAACCGGAGCCAAGAAUACUAGCGCGAAUAGCCCACACUUAAUACACUCGUACGCUAGUCCACUACGACCACACAAGGCUGCACAACAUGGUGGAAUUUCGGAGAUUUCAAACGAACCACUGCAGUUACAAAAGCACCUUACGUCCAAUAUCACGUAUCAAUCGCAACAAAGCCAACAAUCGUUCGGUAUGUCAGUAACAGCUCCGCUGAAGUCACCAACGUUUGUUGCUUCCGCAAUUACUGGACAGCAAAUACAAAACAUACCAUCAAAUCUAAAUUAUUCCGGCCAACAGCAACUUCUCCCGUCAUCCAAAAAGGAUAUUCAAUACAAUCUCACCAAGUUGAAUCCCACCAACAACGUUGCUCCGAUGAAGAACAAUUUAAACAUACCGUUGAAGCAGUCCAGUUCAUCCCUUUCGCAAGGAAAAACGCACCCACUAUUGAACUAUCAGAAAAAAUCACCCUCAAAGAAUGUGUUGAUACCGACUUCUUCCGCUACAGCUGCUGCUCUGGCCAGUCUCGGUAUUCCCAAGCCGAUACAAAGAAAAGAUAACCCGUUGCCAGUUGGCGGUAAAUUUCAGGAUGUCGAACAAAUAGGCCAUUUAAAUCCAGCUGAUAUUCCGAACCCGAAAAUCGUAUUUUCAACGGCCGGCAGCAAUCAGCAAGCUGCGCCCAGUAGGCCAUCAGCUGGAAGCCAGAUUACGAUUCUUGAUCAAAUUACAUUGCAUCCACCAAACACGCCAUUGAUCCCGCCAUCUACAGCAGUACCUCAGCAGGUUUCACUCGCCUCUUCAUCCGUAACAUUAGCCAAUUUUGCAACAAACACGAUAACGCCGAUCACACCAAUCAGUGUAUCAGCGCCUUUGAAACCGAUCGGAACGACGGCUGCCAGCAAAAUAGUUGCACUGAAGGGGCCUAAUUUGGCUGGUUUCACUCCAGUCAAGGGUGGAAACAAAUUGUCCGUGCACAAACUGCAGCUGGUCCCCAUCGGUCAACCGGGCGGUAAAAACAACGUAAUUGUGCUUCCAGCAAAAACCGCUACGGCUUUGAAUCCAGGGCAAAAAAUUACUAUUCCGAAAAGUGUCAUAGACACGAGCUCAACCGUUAGUCCACCGAAAGUUAUCGUUCAACAGCAGCCUGAUUUGAAUAACAUAGUUGUUCUGGAUAUUGGUUCGGAUCAACAGAAGCUCAAGGCGACCAAUUUGAUUGGUCAGCAGCAGCAGAACUUAUCAGCGAGUGUCAAAUCGGUCAUCACAGAGGACACGCCAGUUGAUAUUGUUACAACCCCGUUGGAUGUAGUAACAGGAGCGGUUAAGUUGCAAGAGCUCUCGAAAGGCUUCCAUCCGAUGUCCGCGGCUGGUUCUCCGUUGACUGAAAAAAUGGUCAAACCUCAGCCAACGUAUUCAUCCAGCACCACGAUAGCGGCAACGACCGUCUCCAAAUACACCACAAACAGCGCAACAAAAACCACAAAAUUUGAAGCUGAUAGCACAGCCUCUGGACCGUCGCUGACAGUCACCCGCAAAACGAAAACAAAUCAUCGUUCGACGGCAGCAGUGUCCGCCUCCCCGAGCACCGUUGUACAAAGUAGCAAAUCUACAAAACUGAAGCCAACCGCUGCUGUUGCUAGCUCUACAACUACCCCGGCAGAGGAGCCACCCUCGACAAGCAGAGCGUCAGUGAUGAGCACAACCGACUGGGAAUUGGAACUGGACCAAGCGAAUCAGAUUACCCCACUCAAGACCAGCAACGUAAUCGCAAAAGCACCUCCGAAGCCAGCCAUCAAACCCAAGCCGGCAGUUUCAGCUGUUACAAUUUCCAAACCAGUCGCACCCUCCUUCCCAGCGAGCAGCAGUUCGCGCAAGGCUCCACCGCAACCACUGUCCUCUAGUUCGAUUAGCUCAACCUCAUCCUCUAAUGCUUCAAAACUUGCAAUAACAAUUGGACAAUCCGGCGCUUCGUCGGACACUAGAAUAGCACCACCGCCUCCACCUCCUACAGCACAACAAAGGCCCACUUUGCCGCUUCCCACCAUGCCGCUCGCGGUUCCAACCUCAACGCCUAAAGCUAAGCAAUCCCAGCUGCUGUCUGCGAUGACCACGACUUCGCCGAAUGAGCGAAGUGACGACACGUCGGCCACUGAUUCGGCCGACGCCGAAGAAGAUCCGGAGGAGGGAAUUGGCGACGAAGAAGACGAUGAUCCGAUUGAAGAGGAAGCGGAGGAGAUGAUCAUUGUCGAUGAGCAUCACUUCAAUGCUGUGAUUGAAGAAGAAGCGGAGUUGGACGAAGCAUUCAACGAGCAGGAGCUCGACGGUGAACGAGUGGAAAUCGUUAACGUCGGAUACGAAACAUCUCGAGCGUUGAUUGCUGAUUUGGAGGAUACGGAGACUGCCGCUGUAGCAGAAAGUGCUACUCGCGGUAAAACCGGUGCCGAACUCAAUCCUUCAACCAUGAACUUUGAGCAGUUUAUUGUGGACACCGAAGGUGACACAGAAAACGGACCAAGCAAUGUGGAGAAAGCCACAACGGUGGACUCGAGGACGGCAGCAACACCGGGAAAUGGAAAAAAUAUUAUGUUUGAAAUGUUGGAAAUCGAUGCCGAGGGGAACAAACACACGCGCACAUUGUCCUACGAAGAAGCGUUGGCCGAAGGACAACUACCGGCGACGGAGGCCUUGCUGGCCGGUUCCACCAAGGGUACUACUGCUGGUGGCUUGUCAUCGGGAUCGGGGACGGCGAAAAGCAAAACGAAACCACACUCGCAAGAGCGCAGGUAAGGUGACGCAAUAUAUAUUGUAGGUUGAUAGAAUUUCGUUUGCGUUUGCACCCUUACGAACAGAGCCAUACUGAUAGUGAAAAAGAAGAUUAACCAACCUCUGCCUGAUAAUGCAAGGUUGGAUUGUAUUUAUUUUUUAGUCGUAAGGAUCGUUCCACUCGAAUGUGAGUGUGCAGUCAUAUUCUGAUUGGCAAUUGCGCGAUUGUAGCAUUACAGACAGACAGACAACCGUAUCGAGGGAGCUACAAAUAAUAUUACGUUACACAAGUGUUGACUUUAUUUCUACACAUUGACUGGGAUGAGAUAUUGAUAGAUGUAGUGUUGUGUGUCCCAAAAUUGCAGAACACAUUCUGGACCUGGUAAUUUUCUCCGCUAAUACGUAUUGAGUUCGAGAUGAUUACUUUCUAUUCGGUAGGUGUAAGGUUUAAUCUUGCUUAGGGACGGUAAAACAAAUAGAAUUACAGAGGAAUUCUGGUGGCAAAUUGUUAAGUUGUUGUAAGGCAGAAAAUAUAACUGAUUGCUAAGUAUACUAAGUAUGAUUUUAUAUUUUAAAUUUAUACGAUCUUUAGAGCAGCUUGUUACUUUCG